AGUCUAUUUUCUAUUAAACGUUUUAUUUCAUUUGUAUUGAAAAAACUCAACUAGUUUGACUUUCUAAACAUAGAUACGAGAAAAGUAUAACUUUUUGAACGAAACCUGAAGCAAGCGUGUCAAUCUAACAAAUCGUUUCAACGGUAUAAAAAUCAACCCUGCCUAAAGUGUUUGUCAUCUGCUUUGAUUUUCGGUCAAUUUUCGGUGUAGAAUUUAUAUCAAGACUUGUCAUGUUAAUUCGAUAAAUGAAAUUUUUUACAAUGUCUUCUGAAGAGCUUUUAACGUCACUAGAAGUCCUUAUUCAUGAAUUUUAUAACAUUUCUACAACAAAUGAAAGGAAAAGACAAAUAGAAGAAAUUUUAGAAAAUUUUAAAAAUCAACCAGAAUGUUGGAAACACUGCUUAAGUUUCUUGUCUAAUACUUCCAAUGAAUUUGUGAUGAUGUAUUGUUUGACUGUUUUGGAGUAUGUUAUAAAUAAGUUGUGGAUUAGGAUGCCAGGACCAGAUAAGGCAGAGUUAAGAACAAAACUCAAUAGCUUUAUGAUUAACCAUCACCUGAAAGUACCGAAUUAUAUCACUAAUAAAUUAGGAAAAUUGAUUGUAGAUAUUGGUAGGCAUGAUUGGCCUCAUUUCUAUCCUGAUUUUUAUAUGAAUAUUCAUCAGCUUGCACAGUCAAGUGAAACUGCACCUCUAGGUUUAAUGUUAAUAAUAACAUCUUUUGAAGAAUUUACAAGUCCUCGUGAAGAUGUUGCUGUUACACGUAAAGCAGAAUUACACAGAUUGAUGUUAGACCAAGUUCCUGUAGUAUUAAAUAUUUUAGCAGGACAUCUAGAUGCAGUGUUAGAAAAGCACAGUCAUUUGGUAACUGCUACACCACCUCCAUCGCCAACUCACUACCAAAAUAAUAGUCAUGAAAGUCUUUUCAGCACAUCACCAUUGCAUACUGGUAGCAUAUUGAGUGGAAUGUUUAAGUCUACAAGCAAAAAUCCAUUCCAGUCCAUGCCUCCGUUAGACGAUGAAUCUCACCAGCUCAGUGUAUUAGCCUUGAAAUGUCUUGCCCAGUUGUUGAGUUGGAUACCGCUUUCUUCUUACAUUACUUCAUCACUGCUAACAACGGUUUUUCAUUUUGCUAGUUUCGGCUGUCACCCUGAACCUGUAAGCAUUGAUGUUAUGCAUGUCGGAAUGCAACAAUACCAGCCUCUAAGGAAAAAUACAGAUCUUGGCAUUCAAGCAAUGGGGUGCAUUAAUGAAAUUAUGUCUAAACAGUGUAUACCUGCAGAUUAUGAAGGGUUCUUGCUUCAAGUAUUCCAAGACACUUUUCAUUUACUGCAAAAUCUUACCAAGGAUAACUCAAAAAGUGCUUCUAACAGAAAUACUUUAGCCGAUAUUGAUGAUGUAUACAUUGAGAAGUUCACAUAUUUUCUUCAACUCUUUGUAACUAAUCAUCUAAAAAGAUUUGAAAGCAGUGCUCAGUUUCCAAUUUUAGAAUUUCUCGCGCUCCUCUUCAAGUAUACUUUUCAACAGCCUUCCCACGAUGGUUUUUAUGCUUGUUUAGAAAUCUGGAACACAUUUUUAGACUAUUUAAAUUUCAAGUUAAAAAAUGAAGAGAACAAUUAUGACGUGACUUUCAAUAAGUAUAGAGAAGCCUUAUUAGCUUUAGUUCAAGAAAUUUUAAGGAAGUUACAAUUUCGCUUUAAUCAGUCAAGCUUAGAGGAACUGGACGAUGAAGAUUUGGAUGAUGAUUCCUUUACUGAGUGGCAAUCUUUUUUGUGCCAAUGUCUUGAAAUUGCAUCCAAAGUGUCUGAUUUGAUGCCAAAUGAAAUUUUUAAUUUAGUUUAUUCAAUAUUUGAAGAGAAUUUGCGAAUUUACUUGGAGCUUGAAAGAUUUGUUAAAACUGAUGCCAAUCACUCGCCAAUUGAGCUUAGCAUCUGUGCUGAAAAUGAAUGUCGUAGAUUGCACUGCAGUCUCAGAGAUUUGUCUUCAAUGCUACAAGCUUUAGGACGUUUAGUUGUGAAUUUCUGUGGUGACAAUUUUGUAAAUCGAAAGUUAGAGGCACAAAAAAUCUUAGAAAAAUUAUGCCAUGCUGCUACUUACAGUAAUCGUCUUAAAUUUUAUGAAAUGAAAACAGAAGCUCCAUCUGUUUUAAAAGGAGACUUUAUUGAAGUUCAUGCUCAAAUUUUAGCUACAUUGAAGGCUUUUUGUUACUGGUUAACAGAAUACAGCAAAGAAAACAUUCACAUACCAGAAGAAAAUUCCGAUGGUGGAUCUAUUGAAAAAGUGUUUGCUAAUAUUGCAAUUGUAAAUAUAAAAAAAGAGGUGCCAGAAAAAGUUACACAUAGCGCUGCUCACUUAUUAAUUUCACUUACUUAUACUGUGAGACCAGCUCUUUUAUUUCAGUUUAUUCCCGUGCAAGAAUUAUUUUCUUUGGUUGCCAAAUUAGCGCUCAGAACUUUGCCAAUAGAAACUCAACUAGUAGUUUACAGAUCUAUGUCUAACCUUUUAAUUUUACCCUGGCCAAAAAUGCAGGACUCUCAGCAGCUCUGGCCUGCUCGAUCUACACAGCAUGAUGCUUUUUUAAUAUCACUUAGUGAGCCACUAAAAUCUGCCUGUACUAACCCAGCUUUCCUAGAAGAUAAAUCUCUUCAAGAAAGAGCAAAACCAGAUGUUAUAUGGGUGAUUAAAGUUAUAUGUGGCUUAAUAGAAAAUUUGUCUGAUGCUCCCACUAGAACAAAACAAAUAUUUUCGAAAUCCAUUUUGCCUUUAAUUCCAUUUAUAGAAUCCUUGUUCCAUCUUUAUCUUCAGCAUUCAGACAUCACCGAAAACAUUUUGGAGUUUUAUUUGUGUCUUUUCUCAGUUUUUAGAGUACAAAUUGGAUUGCCAUUUGUUGAAAAAACUAUUCAGACCUUAUUAACCCUUUUUUCAUCAAACCAGCUGAUGCACUUUACAUUGAAUGAAUCAUCAUCUGGUUGCAAAGUAAUUGAAAAACUUCUACAGUUGCUGCAGCAAAUUGUACAGGAACCUAAUUCUCAAUUCAAAGCAUUCCUUCCUAGCACAAUAAACCUUUGUUUAUCCCAAAUAUAUCCAUUAAUAGCAGAAAGACCAUCAUCUGAAGUAAAACCACCACUGUUUGAAUUACUUCACAAGAUCCUUCUUCAUAACUGCCGUUAUUUUUUUAAAGUGAAUGUUAUCAGUAGUCUUGGGGAAUCAGGAAAUGAAAAAAUAGAAAAUGAACAGCAUUUCACAAAAAUAAUGGAGGCUUAUGGUCAAUCAUUUUUGCAACCAGAUAUAAACCUUUUCAAGCAGAAUUUAAUAUCUUUGGAAACCUUAAAUAAUAAAUGGAAGUUAUAUUACAAGGGUUACUUUAAAAGUAUUAUGCUGUUUCAAUUCAUUAGUGUUUUCUUGCAAACCUUAAUCUAUAAAACACAUAAUUUACUGAGGGAUGAAAUAGUUAGCACAAUUUAUAGCAUGGCACUUGUUGACAUCCAAUCAUUCUACUCCACUUUCUUGCCUCAAUUUCUUCAAAGUAUGGAAAACUUAGACUCCAAUCAAAAGACAACAUUGUUGAGGAACUUCAAACAUGAAACAGAUUCUCAUACCUUUGGGGAAAAUAUUCAAAGAUUUGUGAGUGACAUUAGAUACUACUGUCUUUGUUCUGAAACAUCAAUUUGAAAUGUUGUAAAUUAUAUUCUUUGUUGCUCUUUCAUUUCAUUUGUGAUAUUUUUUUUCAUUGAUUGUGAUAUCAUUUUCAUUUGCCUUCACCAAGAUAUGAGGGAAAACUUUAUUUUGUAACGAUGACAAAGCUUCUAGAAAAUGUCCAGUUAUAAUGUUUUAGAACAUGGAAAAAAUUCUGUUAAAUUUGAUACAUUUUCAUGAUAUGUGAUAUUUAAUAUAAUAUUUUAUAGUACUAAGAAAUGUAUUAAAAUUUUAAAAAUAAA